AUGGACGAGGUCGAAAACCCGGCAGUCAAGGCUCCUGAGGAAGAGAGCGACAGCAUCGUCACACCGGCAAAGGACACGGCCGAACAGCUGCACCUCGACAAUGCACCCGUGAUCCCACCCGCAGACUCGCCCACCGGUAACGACACGUCCAGCCGACCGCUGUUGAAUCGCAACUCGUCAGCGCCGCCGCCCAGGCCGCAGUCCCAAGUCUCGGACAUAGACCCCAGCCAGGAUCCUCCAGACUCUCUGACUCUUGCCCAACUCAAGAAUCUCCGUGCUGGCUUCCCUGUCCUACAGGCCCAUCUCCAACAGCCUGUUCCGCUAUCCUCCGUCUACGACUUCGAGUACCGCGACUCGCAAUCUUUUCCCGUUGAGCUCGAAGAAUGGUUUACCUACAGCGAGAAAGAGAGGGCCAAGUUAUGCCAAAUCAAUGCUGCAUUCGAACACGCUUGGAGGGCACACACUGCUAGAGACACCGUACCUGAUUGGACUGCCUCCCCUGAAAUGGGUAUGGCUUUUGUCGCAAAUCUGCUGCACGACCUACAGCUCGGCACUCCUCACCAAAAGAACCAAGCUCUCCAAGUCUUGACCUACAUUUCUCUGGGUACGUGGGAAGAGACUGCUGGUAGAGAGACGCCAAAUCCUUUCUUCGCAGUCCUAGGCUCAAACCAACCACAAGUCACGGCCGGCCUUCCCAACUAUGCCGGUGCUACUUAUCAAAUCCAAAUAAUGAUCAACACACUCUGCAUGCUAGCCCAGCAAGGUGCUGUGCCACUUGUCUAUGGCUUGAUGAAGUCGGUCUGUGAAAGAGAUCUCACUGCCUCUGCUCAGAACGAAGAUGCCUCCGCUUCACCAAAGUACACGGAGGGUGACGAAAGUAUCGAUGUUUGGUGCACACUUACUCUAGUCUAUCUUUUUGUCGAAUUGAGUCGCAUUUCUGAGGGCACACCGGACGCUCAUGUGUUGCACAGAGAACUUGCUUUAAUCAAGCCCGACUUGUUGAUCACUUGCACGAACAUGAUUGCCCAAAUGAGAUGGGACGAUUUUGCUCCUGUGCCACAGACAAAGAUCUUCUUGUUACUAUGGAAGACUAUCUUGAUCUCCUUUGGCGGUAUCGAGGCAGCCGAUAAAGUUAAGCAUUCUUUCCAAGAGAAUAUUGGCGAGAAAGACGAGCGAGGCCAUCCUCUCAUUACUGCUUCGCCCCUCGACUAUCAUCUCUUCAGACAAGAGAUUACAUCCAAGUAUCCUGCGUAUCAACCGCCGCCGCCACUAUUCGCGUUCGAGCCUGAGAAUAACACCAUCUUGCCUCCGCUUCGUCACAGACAAACAAAGAUCGAUAGCAAUGACAAUACUGCAUCGACAGGAACUGGUGUUCAUGGCUCUUCUAUCCUACAUCAAGCGGUUCAUAUCGCCACUCCAGCACCAUCGCCUCCACCUUCUCCUGCUGGUCCAGGAGGCAAAGGUGGUAAAAAGCAAAAUUAUCAGACCAAUCAGAUGUUCCCCUUCCUUUACCCACCAUUGGAUGAGUCAAGCAACGACUUAGGUGGUAAAGGCUCUACCGAAUUGCAAGAUGCCCUAGCAGGCAGAAAGUGGAGAGGAAGCGAUGUCCCUGCUUCAAUACUCGAAGCUGCAGAACUAUUCUCAAAACGAAUGAGAGCCACCAGAGCAAUGAAGCAGCUUUGGGACACCAGGAUUGACUACAUGAGAUCGGAGAGAGGCUGGUUCGAUGUCAACGUUGACUCUGACGUAGACCAAUUUGAUUUGUAUGAGCCUCAGACCAAUGGGGUCUCUCACUCUGACGACGAGGAGUCAUCGGAAUCACCAGAGAAACCAAAGAUACAAGAACCGCUGUCUGAGAACGAUAAGAUCUUGGAGGCAGUAGCAAAUUUCUAUCGCGAUGUUUUGCCACAAAUGCAGUCCGUCGUAUUUGUUUUGCUUAAGGGCAUGGCAAGAGUUUAUGCGGAUACUACCGCCAAUCCGCAAGCACCGGCUUUCGAGAACGGACAUGUCCCCGACGGCAUAUCAAUUUCUGCGGAACAAGUUGAUGCUUCACGGUCUACAGAAAUUACCGGCAAGGCUGUAUCGGCCAUUCUGCUGCUACUGCUGAAAUGGUUCAAGCUGUCGCAUGUUCUCCGAUUCGAGUAUCUGAAUCAGCUGCUUCUAGACUCUGGAUACAUUAUUGCAGUGCUGCGCAUAUGGCAAUGGCAAGAUAUAGGACGUGCCUGCCACUUUAUGCUCGACAGACCAGAACUCGACUUCUUCAGCUUCUGUCGCGCAAAUUCGCGGAACCCAAUUCCAUCCGAAUUUGUGGCGGUUGACGAUACCAUGGAAUCCGAAGACGAAGCUAUGCCCCCUCCGAUUAAGUUCCGCAGGGAGUCAGAAGCAAUCUCUGAAGUCUCUGCCAGCUCAGUGCCGCCAGACUACACCACCCACCCACCUGAAGUCGACGAACUCGGCUAUCCGACACAGAUACCUCCGCCAGCACCAAUCCAGACAUACUCCUACCGCAAUACUUUCACCUACAUCAACUAUUUGCGUGUGCUGCAAAAGAUUACUCGGCGCAAAGCACACCGCUCUUUACUCUUGGUGUCAUACAAAUCCUCCAACGUGCUGAAGAAAUCUCUUCGCGUCCCCGUGGACAUGAUGAGAUACUACACCCUCAAACUCUUCAAGACACAAGUCCCCUACUGCGGCAGAAAAUGGCGUCAAAGCAACAUGAAGAUCAUCACCGCAGUAUGGCUUUCCGUCCCCUCCGAACUUCGCGACGACUGGCUUUCCGGCGGCGGUGGCGGUAUGGGAGGAGCAGGACCUGGCGACGUAGAUGGCACGGUCGAGGAAGCUUUGCCUCUUGAACAGUCGUUGAGAAGUCUUACGCAUUGGUGGAAUGUACACCACUAUCCUGAUAAGAUGGGCGUAGAUAGGAAGUUGGUGACGGAAGAGCAAGACUUCUUUGCGAGGGAGCUUGAGAAGAUGGAUUUGGGGAGGAUGGAAGAGGAAAUGAUGGAGGAGAGUUUGAUUGAUGAUGCGUGGGCUCAGCCGAUGGAGGGGUAUGCUUAG